UCGCCGGUGUUUAUGUAAUUUUCUCCACACACACGAACAAAAUGGCAUCAAGUAGACGAGCGACUUUGAGACUGUAUAAAACUCUCUUAAGAGAGUGUCAGAAGUUGAAUUCAUAUAAUUUCAGAACGUAUGCUUUAGAAAAAGCCAAGUAUGAGUUUCGAGCAAAUAAGGCUGUUACAGAUGGUGAACAAAUCAGUACCCUUCUGAAGAAGGCUCAAGAAAACCUUGAUAUAGCCCGUAGACAGGUUUUAGUCGGUCAGAUGUACGGAGAAGGCCAUCUGGUGAUAGAAAAUGCUGAAUAUAUGGCUCACAAUAAGACCUGAUCACAGAGGCUUAUAGUUCAGAAGCCAAAGACAAUGAUGUAUAUUCAUGUGAUAUUAACUGCAUUGGAAGGUGUUGGAAGACGGAAUCUUUUCAGUAAAGGAUAUUCAAGAAAUUGCUGCUAUUUGUGUUGUUUUAAGUGAUAAAUUCUGGUAGUUUUGUUCACUUUUUAACAGAACUCGUUGCAAAUUACAAGUACCGUAGUCUUUAAAAAUAUUGUUUCUCCUGUAAUAAAAACAGGAUGAAAAGAACAUGUUAUUCUAAUAUGCUUUUUUAAAGAUCAUGUUGUAAUCUUUAUUAAUUUAAAUGAGUGUUCUGCUGUGACAAUUUGCUAAUUAUAUGUAUGAUUCGUCUAGUCUAUUUGCAUGACCUUGUUUUUGAUAGUUCAUUGAUUGAUGUUGAUAGCAAAUGAAGUUAAAAUGUUAUUAAUAACUGUUACAGUAGAUCUAAAAUGAUGAAAUAAUCCUCGCUGUUACCUUCUUUUUUCUGGUAUAUACCUAAUGUUUUCUAAAAGGUACUAUUUUUGACAUCCCUUCUCGCCAGUUUAAUUAUGUUUUCAAAGAGGUACUAUUUUUGACAUCCCUCCUCGUCUGAGUUUAAUUCCCAUUGGCGAUUGUACCAGGAAGGUUAUAAGGUAUAAUGACAUGCUUGUUGUAUGUAUUAUCAUUGGAUAUUAAGCACAGACCUUAAAGACAGCAUCUAUAUAAGGGAUGUUCGUUAACAUUUCUUUAUAACCUCGUUGACACUCAGAGUCAAAACUAAAACUGAGGGAAAUACAUCAAAAUUAUUGAAGGUUUAAUUGGGCUAUAAAUUUGUAAAGAAAACUCAACAUAUUAUUUUUAAUGAAGCUAAAAAAUAAUAGGUUUGUUUCCGGUUUCAUGUCCCCAAAAUAAAUGUAGGAUUUUUAUAUUUUAUAAGGCAAAUUGUUUCUUGAGAUUGUUCUGUUAACAAAAACUAUAAAUGAUUUGCUUAAAGCUGCACUCGCAUAGAUUUAAUGUUUUGACAACUUUUUUUUCUUUUUUUUGUCAUGGAAAGAGCAAAUUUUUGCGUAAAUAUCUGCAAUCCAGUGAUAAAAGAUUGCUGACAAAAGAUCAGAUAGCAGAUUUUCAUAUUUCCAUUUCAAAAUUAAUGUUUUAUGGCUUGAACUGUUAGAAAAGGUUUAAGAAAAGUGCAUAAAACAUGAUUUUAACUUAAAUAUAAAAAUCUGUGAUCAGAUGUUUUGUCAGCAGUUUUUAUGACUGGUUUCCAUGCAUUUUCGCAUAAAUUGGCUCAUUCCAUGACAGAAAAUAAAAAGGUUGUCUAAACAUUCAAUCUGUGAGAGUGCAGCUUUAAGAACUUCUAUACAAUCUUACAGUGUUAGCAUCACUGGUAUUUUGAUAAUUAAAAACAUUUCAUUUUAAAAGAAAAAAAAGGCUAUGAAAAGGUCUAGGGUUUGGGCGAAAAAAAAUAGUGUAGGUCGGAAAACCGGAAAACUUUUUUUUUUACGCCUACCUGUUGUAUAUUACAGUUCCAUUUUGUUUCAGCUACCUCAAAGUAUUUUGCUUGAGAUUUUUAUAGCAUGUAAAUGUUUCAGAAUUUCCUUUGUUUAAGAACCAGAAGAGAAUUUUACUAUAAAAUUGUUAAAACUAUUGCUUUAGUGAAGCUUACUAUAUAUGUGUACAGUUUAACAUUUACAAUGAUUUUAACCUUUACAAUUGGUAAACACACAGUACCUUCAAUUUUUAGUAAAUAGAUUUUACUAUUUGAUAAUUAAGUUAUUGACAAAAUUCUUCCUCAAAGAAUCCAUUAAUUUUGCACUAAAUACAUAAUCCCAGUUAUCUUGAUGCAAAAGGUUUGCAAUUUUGUAUUUUAUAUAAUCUGAAAUAAAGAACAUGAAGUGUG